AUGAGCUGUUAGUAUAGCUGAAAUUGACAUAUUUUUGUAAUUUAGUGCCAAGAUGGCUGCGAGGUGGCUUCAAUACAGCACCCCCUGUCUGUCUUCCAGGGUUAUACACAAUAUUGGAAGAUCAUGUAUCAUUAUGCUUGUUUACAAUAAGCUGCACUGAGGUCACAAGGCAAUCACGUUUACAUGAAGACACCAUGGAACUGGCACGAGAUAUGGGUGGGGAAACGUAUCUCAAUGCAGAGAUGGAAUAGGCCAUUGUACCUUUAUCCACACUAUGAUCAAGAAGAUCGAAAUACUGCCAGUUUCCCAGAAACAACCCUUUUUGCCCUCAUGCUAGUUAGCAGUAGCCACCGGGGCAUUUUGGAAUGGCCGUGUCAGCCAACCAACCCAUUUGUUCAAUGCAACGUGCCAUUCCAUAAUGGCUGCUGCUAACUAGCAUGAGGAUGAAAAGGGCAGUUGUCCAGGAAAACUAGCAGUACUUCAAUCUUCUUGAUGGAGCAGUGUGGAUAAAGAUACAAUUUGGAGUUCAGUGGCAUAUCCCAUGCCUGCAUUGAGGUGAACUUCUAAAAAUACUGAAUAAGUUCUACAAGCGGAAUGAGAUGCAAAAAAUUGCUGCGGAUCAAGGUCUCGAUGCUCGUCUCUUUCACCAAGCCUUCAUCAGCUUUCGGAAGUAUGUGCUGGAAAUCUCUACACUCAGUGCAGACCUUCAUAUCAUCCUCAAUGAUAUAUGCUGUGGAGCAGGCCACAUAGAUGACCUCUAUCCUUACUUCAUGAGACAUGCAAAGCAGAUUUUCCCCAUGCUGGACUGCAUGGAGGAUCUACGAAAAAUCAGUGAUCUGCGUGUACCAGCUAAUUGGUACCCAGAGGCUAGAGCCAUCCAGAGGAAGGUGAUAUUCCAUGCUGGUCCGACCAACAGUGGAAAGACCCAUCAUGCAAUUCAGAGAUACCUGGCUGCCAAGUCUGGUGUCUACUGUGGACCGCUAAAGCUGUUGGCCCACGAGAUCUUUGAAAAGAGCAACACUGCUGGCGUGCCAUGUGAUUUGGUGACAGGAGAAGAGAGAACAUUUGUGGAUGCGGAGGGGGGACAAGCUGAGCAUGUGGCCUGUACUAUCGAGAUGUGCAGUGUCACAACUCCAUAUGAAGUAGCGGUUAUUGAUGAGAUCCAGAUGAUUAGGGACAUAUCGAGGGGAUGGGCUUGGACCAGGGCUCUUCUCGGUUUGUGUGCUGAGGAGAUCCAUGUGUGCGGAGAGCCUGCUGUGAUUAACUUUGUCACAGAGCUCAUGUACACAACUGGUGAAGAGGUGGAGGUUCGUAACUACAAGAGGCUCAGUCCGUGCUCAAUUCUGGACCGUGCUGUGGAGUCUCUGGAUAACCUGAGACCAGGCGACUGUGUUGUCUGCUUCAGCAAAAACGAUAUUUACUCCAUCAGUAGGCAGAUCGAGAGCCGAGGCCUGGAGUGUGCCGUCAUCUACGGAAGCCUUCCACCCGGGACCAAGCUAUCUCAAGCAAAGAAGUUCAAUGACCCAGAGGACCCAUGUAAGAUCCUGGUUGCAACAGAUGCCAUCGGGAUGGGACUUAACCUGAGUAUCAAGAGAAUCAUCUUCAACUCCUUGGUGAAACCCAACAUCAAUGAGAAGGGUGAGAAGGAGCUAAACACCAUCUCCACGUCUCAGGCUCUCCAGAUCGCUGGGCGGGCCGGACGCUUCAGCUCCAUCUUUAAAGAGGGCGAGGUCACCACCAUGCACCGCGAUGACCUGCCUAUCCUCAAGGAGAUACUCAGCAGGACCGUCCACGCCAUCGAGAUAGCUGGGCUGCACCCUACAGCAGAGCAGAUUGAAAUGUUUGCCUACCACUUACCUGAUGCCACCUUGUCCAAUCUGAUAGAUAUAUUUGUGAGCCUCUCGCAAGUUGAUGGUAUGUACUUUGUGUGCAACAUUGAUGACUUCAAGUUCCUGGCUGACAUGAUCCAGCACAUUCCCCUCAACCUGCGCUCUCGAUAUGUGUUCUGCACUGCGCCCAUCAACAAGAAGCAGCCCUUUGUGUGCACCUCCUUCCUGAAGUUUGCCAGACAGUUCAGCAGAGAUGAGCCUCUGACCUUUGACUGGGUGUGUCGGCUCGUCAGCUGGCCCUUGGUCCCACCCAAGAACAUCAAGGACCUGGUGCACCUGGAGGCUGUCCAUGAUGUGCUAGACCUCUACCUCUGGCUCAGCUACCGCUUCAUGGACAUGUUCCCGGAUGCCAAUCAUGUCCGGGAGAUCCAGCAGGAGCUGGACAGCAUCAUUCAGUUGGGCGUGCGCAACAUCACACGACUUAUCCGAGCAACGGAGACCAGCGCCACCCCUGGGAUAGACCCCCUCUCCAGCCAGAGGAGGUCGGGGCCCAGCCCAGUAUCCCCAAGGAGGGUUCGAGGAGCUCCCAAGGCCCAGGACAGUGGAGUAGAGGCUGGGCAGCUGGACAAGUCCCUAGGCUCCCGCCUAGUGCAGGAGGGCUUACUGACUCCCGACCUCCUAAAGCAAUUGCAGAAGGAGUGGUCCAAGGAGCACCGUCAAGAGGAAGUAGGAGUCAAACUGGUUGCGGAAACUUUGAAUAAUAAAAUUAAAGGGAGGAAGAAAAAGUGACCUGUUUCCUGUUAUUUUGACCGGACUUCAUUCCAGGCGGUAUUAUGCAGCUGUUGACCAAUUGGACUGUGUGUGUCCCAGCUCCUGUCUAUCACUGUUCAAAAACAGUCAUCUUGUGAGCCAAAGGGUAAAUAAAUAUGUUAUUACAAAGUAAUUUUGUAGUCUUAUUUUAUUUUUAUCACUUGAAAAGUAAAAUCGUUGACUGCAUCACGUAGAUAGUCCGUCUCAUGCAGCAAGCAAUGACUAAUUUUUACACUGAGGCAUCAUUCCUUGAGCAAUUUGUGCCCAUCCUAUGCUUGGGCUAGACUACGGUAACAAACUUAAAUGUUAUAUGAGACAUCGUCUCUUGCACUUUACACCACUAAUUAUAUGCUCCUAUCUAUGUAUGAUUCGAAACUGACAGUAUAAGUGAUGUGAUUGAUAAAAUAAAAGUACAAUUUCUUUUGA